UGGUCAGUCGUCACUCAAAGGCAAAGCACUAACGCUUCUCAUAAAACACUCCCUCUCUCCUUAAUACCUUCAGCGUUUUCUUUGCGUGAUAAACUUUUUGCGUUUUAUUGUUCUUCUUACUUUCUGUUGAGAGAGAUGGCGAUUGAUCUUUCCCCGAAGUUGGCGAAGAGGGUGUACGGAGGCGAUGGUGGGGCCUACUACGCCUGGUCUCCUUCUGAGCUUCCCAUGCUUCGUGAAGGAAAUAUCGGAGCCUCCAAGCUCGCUCUUGAGAAGAAUGGUUUUGCUCUUCCUCGUUAUUCUGAUUCUUCCAAGGUUGCUUACGUUCUCCAAGGACAAGGAGUAGCUGGAAUUGUCCUACCAGAAUCAGAAGAAAAGGUGAUUGCAAUCAAGAAGGGUGAUGCCAUUGCCCUCCCAUUCGGCGUUGUCACAUGGUGGUACAACAAGGAGGACACUGAGCUUGUUGUUCUCUUCUUGGGUGACACUUCCAAAGCCCACAAGGCGGGUGAAUUCACCGACUUCUUCCUCACUGGCUCCAACGGAGUUUUCACCGGCUUUUCCACCGAGUUUGUCAGCCGAGCAUGGGACUUGGAGGAGAAUGUAGUCAAGACCCUUGUAGGCAACCAAUCUGCCAAUGGCAUUGUCAAGCUUCAGGAAGGAUUUAAGCUGCCCGAGGCCAAGAAGGAGCACCGCGAGGGACUUGCGUUGAACUGCGAGGAGGCACCCUUGGACGUCGACAUCAAAGACGGUGGAAGGGUCGUGGUUUUGAACACCAAGAACCUUCCAUUGGUUGGUGAGGUUGGACUUGGGGCCGACCUUGUUAGGCUGGAUGGAAGUGCCAUGUGCUCUCCUGGAUUCUCUUGUGACUCUGCUCUUCAAGUCACGUAUUUUGUAAGGGGCAGUGGGCGUGUGCAAGUUGUUGGUGUUGACGGCAAAAGGGUCUUGGAAACAACUGUUAAAGGGGGUAAUUUGUUCAUUGUCCCUAGGUUCUAUGUUGUCUCUAAGAUUGCUGACCCAGAUGGCUUGGAAUGGUUCUCCAUCAUCACAACUCCAAACCCAAUAUUCACCCAUUUGGCUGGAAGGACUUCAGUGUGGAAGGCUCUAUCUCCUGAGGUGCUUCAGGCUUCCUUCAAUGUGGGAUCUGAUGUGGAGAAGCAUUUCCGAUCAAAGAGGACCUCUGAUGCUAUUUUCUUCCCCCCACCAAACUAGACAUACAUUAGUUUUAUAGUAGUUCAUUAGGCUUUGCUUGUUUCUUAGGUGUCCCAAUAAAAUGCUCAUUUUAGAAUCCUUAUCUAAGUUUAUGAGCUGUUUACUUUUGGAAUUUCGGCUGGUUUAAUAGUAUUUGCUUUUCAGUCUAAACUGGCAUCAUUGCUUUAAUGCUCGAGGAAUACUACACGCUACAGUUUUUCACAUUAAUCUCUGCGGCAAUAUUAUAUCAUGGUAUUCAUUUU